UGUGAAUUUUUCAAUAUUGUCGUGUUGUGUGUGACGGAAGAAAGUUCGUGUCUCUGUACGUCUACGUUUGACGAUUUAAAAAUCCAAAUCCAAAGACUACCUACUCGUACUACAUCAUUAAAAAUGAUAAAAUCGAGUCUGUUCAUUUGCGCCAUUUUUAUUCUGGUUCAGAAUGGAAAUUCAUCGCCGCCGGAUGAGUUCGGAAGUUUCUGGGGACCAUGUCCGGCAAGUCCAAUCGAUACAACUUCCAGUUCUUCUUUUUACCAGAUUUCGGGAAAAUGGUACACGCACUACGUAUUAGGCCAAUACUCGCCUUGGAAAGUCUUCGAAUGCCAAACUAACGAAAUUAUCCACAAACGGAAAGAAGACACUGCCAAUGUUACAAGCCGAUUCGUGAUUCCAGAGUCUCAGAUACCAGUUGAAUUGGAGGGUAUAGUUUUGGAAAUUGAUCCGAAAAUUGGCAAAUUCGAUUUCGAGUUUAUGGCAGGCAAGUACACAUGUAUAAAUAAGCCUUCGUAUCUAACUAACUGGUUCUGGACCCAAUAUACUCAAAUUUUACAAACUUCUCGUAAAGGAGCUGCUUUGGCAUGGACUUGUUUAGAUUUUGGUGAUUUUCACAUUGAAAGCAUCGCACUGAUGACCAAGUAUCAAGAUGCCCAUGAUUCAAGAAUCCCACCUGACGUAUACAGGAGUUUGUACGAUUCGCUCGUAAAAGUUGGAAUUUCGCCAACUUGGUUUGAGCAGAUCGCUCAGAAGAGUUGCGAUAACUAUAACUUUUCCUCUUCUAAAGGCUCUUCUGUUCAGUACGCUUCCAAAAAUUUGCAAUCGGUGUUACCAGCGAAAUUCUUAAAACAGCUGAAGUCAAUUUCAGAAAAUUAGACAGUAUCCGAAAUUCCGCAUUUAUUCAUUUUAAUAAAAUAGGUACCUCGGUACGUACCUAUUGAUUCAUUCAUACCAUUCAUAUCCACAACUACAUAUCUUGUGAUGUAUGUUUUACCUAUAAUUUAAUUUAGGUACCUAUACUUAAAUGUAAUAUCAAUAGCAGUUUGAAACUAAUAAAGCAUACUAAAA